UCUGUACAGGUGACUUGCCCCGCAGUUGCGUGAAAAAGGGACGGCACCGGAAAGCUUCUCGGGAGGACCGCCGGCUCCGGCGGCGGCGGCGGCGGUAGGGAGGCGCGGAUCGUCGUGUUCUUUGCUUGUCACGACGGAACCGGUCUGGGUGCGUUCUCUCCCUGCUUUCUUCUCUCGGGACCUGGCCCGUGCGUACAACGGAGUCCGAUCCAUAUCAACAGGUAAAAGGCCCUCCCCUGCUUUUCAGAUCUUCUCCACUCUUCCUCCCCAGAGCAAGUUUCAUGUCGAUAGGAGACCGGAUAAUAAUAAAUGGGUAACGCCAGAGAAGAAAGAACAUCCGGAUCAGAUCCAUGUCUGCUCAGGGAUCCCGGGGGGACAGACAGAUCAGGUUGCUCAAGGCCGAACACUCCGUUUUGAUCCGUGCUCUGGAAUCCAAUUGCCCCAGAAUCGCCAUCAAUCUUGGGGGUAUACAUGGCACAGGUACUCCUCCUCGAUCAUCCUGCCGGCAUACAGGCACCGACCACUUCUUGUUGUUGGGGCGGCCCUCCCAUGCCCUCCCUUUCAGCUUCCACUAAGCGCACGCGCAGUUCGCCGAGGCGCCGCCACAUGCCGGCCCACCACCUUGCAGUAGCCCGGCGCCUCCUUCUUGGAAGUCCCUGCCGCAUACGUUGAUCUUCCUGAGAAAAAGGUUUUCAGGCCUAGAUGGCGAGGUGUUUGGGAAUCCACUCUUUACGCUGCCUUUCAAUGCACCGUCAGAUUUCACCUACCGGACCAACUAUCAAGCUGAGAUAGUGCUAUGCUAGUACAGAUGUCGCAGAGUUCAGGGUUCCUUGGUCCGCGCAUUUGAAGUUCUGCAGCAAAGCACCGUAGUAUGGUAGGAACUGAUGACUUUAGGUAACCUAUGUUUACCAAACAAUUUGACGAAUGGCUCGUCUAGACUCAAACUCUGUCAUGCUUAGAAAUAUGGUGAGUCAUCAGGCCUGUACACACAUGGCUUGCAAUGUUCUCGUGAUCUUAAAAACUAUUGCAGAAUGGAGUAAUGUUAUUUUUGUUGCCCUUUUUUUCACAAGAGGCCAACUGAACUCUAAUGAUGGUUUGUUCCCUUACAGAAGAAAACAUAAUUCUUAAAGAACUCUUACCAGAAGAUCAGAAAUAUCUACUAUGGUCUUGAUUUGGUUGUUCUGAUGUGGCCAACUGAAUCCACAAAUGCACUGACACUCUUGAAUUCUUAGGAUGCUGAGAGAACCUGCUAGAAAUAACUCGAAUUUUAUUUGUGUAAGAUUUAUUAGAGGUAUUCAAUUGCUAUUUCCUUGCAAACUAAUGUGAAUGCAUGCAUAUUUGUUAUAUUUACAUGAUUGUUAGUAUAUAUGCUGUAUGCAUAUAGGGUGCUUCAAGUUUAAUUUUUUGUUCCAAAGAAAAGGUAAAUCUUAAACAAUGCUUCGGCAAACUGCUUACCAGAACAUUAGGAAUUUCUAUGUUCCAGAUCUGAUUGUUCUAAGGUGGCGACCUGAGCACAAAUUCGUUGAUACUUGAAUUUUUAGAUGCUAAGAUUGCAAAUAUCUCAAAUUUGAUUUGUGUAAUGUCUAUUGAGUGUUUUCAGUUCCCUUUUCCUUGCAAACUAAUGUCAAUGUAUGCAUAUCUGUUAUACUUACAUUAUUGUUAUUGUUAGGGCACUUUAAGUGUUUAUUACAAGAUGCAUAAGCUGUUUUCUUGGCUAUCACAUUCUGGCAGUCAGGAAAAAAAUGAAGUAAAAAAUAUGAUGCGGCAGUUUUAACUGAGAAGUUAAAUUUCAAACUACCAAAGUCCAACACAAGUUAAUUUCUUUUUUUAAUUGUGUAAGCAUCACUAUAUUUUGUUUUCCUCUGGCAAUUUUUAUAACCUAUACCAUGGUUUGGCAGGACUGUUUGGCAACUGAUGGAUUUAUUCCAGAGACCUCCAUAAAUAUUCUAGUACUUGCAUAGUCAGCAUCUGAUGUUAGGCAAAAGACAGAUUUGACAGGAAGGCUAGGCAACUGAAAGAAUAUGGAAGAAAUGUUAGGCAACCGAUUAAUCUGGUAGGAAUGUCGAAUAACAGGUGGAGCUGGGAGCUUACGGUGGAAGCAGAGUUUAUCCUUCCAGAAGGAAGAUCUUUUUGCAGUGCAGCCACUACGCCACACAACAAGAGGCCGGAUGCUUAUUUUCAGGUAUUGUCAGGACUUUCGAACAAGGUCAUCCUGCACGCAGAUCGUGGGUCAGUGAACUCCAACCCAACAGAUCCAAGAGAUGCUCAUUUUCAAGUUCCGGAAAAGUUUGCUGAGGCUUUCCUGGGGACUCGGAGUUUCGGAGAAGCAGACUGGGUCGUGGUUAACUCUAGUUGCGCACAGAAUAUGGUGGUACUGCUCGGUUUUGAACGACCUAGCCCACGGUUGACAAGAAGGCUAGCUUCAAGUCGCCCACUGAGACUGAGCUGCAAGUGAAGGAAGAUUUCAAGAAAACUUACAAUACACACAACAUGUUUCAGUUGACCCGAUCGGGUCCUGGAUCGAACUCGCUAGCGUGUAUCGACUGGCAGCGCAUGCGCUUUUGCGGAUCGAUCUCAGCAAUAAGGAUGGAAUCGGAUCGGAUCGGAUAUACAUGGAAAUGAUUGGAUACGUAUGAAAAUGGAUUUAGAUAUCUUGAAAAUUUAUCUUCCAGUUUUCAUCUUCUAGGAUGGAAGCGGAUCGAAUAAACGAAUUCGGAUAUCUUGGCUGGUUUCCAUCCGCUGCCUUCCAAUGUCUUGCUGGUCUGGGUUAUUUCGCACUGCAGGCUCUCUACAGAGAAAAGCAGGGCUACGCCUUUUUGUUCGGAAAAAAGAAAAGGAGAAACACUAUUAAAAGGAGAAAAAAAAGAAACGGCGAGGAUGUGGCGUAACCAGGGCGUUGGUGGUGUGUCGCCGUCGAGGGCCGGCCUGACGCGCGGAGCCAUCAACACUUAUUUGGUCCACGCGGUGGGGCCCACGGAAGCGGUCAAGACACCGGGCGGACCUUCCGACAAGCUUCACGGACGCGGCCUUGGUUCGAACAUUGCGCGUACAAAGUUCGUGGCGGGGGCCACGAGGCUAGUUUACUACUUUUACUCAGCUUCCAGGAAGCCGCUUGUGCAAUUCUAUAAAAGUGGAGCUCACUCCGGACAGAAAGCCGCGAGCCUAGCCAGCGAGCCUAGCCAGCAGCACCCUUGACCCAAGAGGCAAGCGCUAUCUACCAUGGCGGCAGUCCAGGCAGCUACCGCCAGGCAGCCAGCUGAGGACCCUCUGCUCGGUGAUCAGGAGGCAGCCAACAUGCACGGCGACCGCGAGGAGGAGGAGGAGGAGGAGGACAACAAUGUCGGUGGGAGCUUCUCCUGGCUGGCAUUCCUUGGGUUCCUCUUCCUGACGCUGAACUCCGCCAUGGCCAUCGUCCGGUCGCGGGGCGACACGAUGGCCGUCGCCUUCGUAAGUUUCUCCUACGCGGAUCUCGUCGCGCUCUUCGUCUGCCUCAGGAUGUACGAGCGCGCCGCCGCUGGCUCCGCCAAGAGGGAGUGGCUGAAGAUCGCGGUCUGGGUAUUGACAACUCUGCUGACGCUCGCCUUCUCCUACAAAGUUGCGGCCGUCAUGCCAGCGCCGGUUGCUGUUCUUGUGUGGCUGAUGGCCUUCGCGACCGUUGCCGGAGGCUUCGUCGCCUUCUUCGUUUACAAGGAGAAGAAGUGAUCGAGGUGCGCAUGUGAGCAGUGUCCGCAGUGGCUGCUGGCCCUUUUGCACAAUGGGUGCAUGAGGAGGUUUCUCGAGCACGAAGAUAUUUCAACACGGCAGCCUCAGUCCCCUGCAAUCUUCCCUUCCACCUCGAGACAGAGUAAAGAGAACCUCUACCUAUCUACGUACCUACGCGGCUACGCAUGUCAAAAGUGGCAUGCGACCCAUUUCGGUAUCUUAAUGAGAAUCAGUCUACAUAAGAGGGAGAGAAUAUGUUGGCCUGUUUUUUUUCCUUCCCUUCUUCCUUUUCCUUUAGUUUUCGUUUCUUUUUUGUCUGGGUUAAAACUUCAGUUUUUCUAAUAGUACAUUUUAAUUAUUCCAACAAUAUCUCAAUUGUUCUGAUAUUCUUCUGAUAGUAUAUAAUAGUUAUUUCUAUA